AUGGAAAGAUCGGUAGAACCCUUUGAAGAGUUGAAGAUUGCUUCUCCAUUAAAAACCAACUCGGUUCAUUCUCCCCGAGAUGUUUUGAAACAUUCCAAUGACAGUAAGGCUAAGGGAAGCAACACCAAGUCAUCUCCUUCAACACCUGUUAGAAGCAACAGCCCAACUCUUCCAGAAAAGAAGCAUAAGAAAACUCCUUCCGAAAAUGUUAGAGCCUCAUGGAAGACUCCCGAGAAUAUGAAAUUCAAAUCAUGGUCAAAACCUUCACCAUGGAGUGCUUCUAAAGCAGAGAGAUUCAAAGAAGAGAAUAUGUUGACCCCUCCUCCAACCAAAUACAACAUGAACCUUUCGUCAUUGGAUUCGAAGGAGUUUGCUUCCAUUUUCAAAUCGCAAAGUCCAAGAUUUAAGGAGCCUAAAAUUGAGACUCCACCUCCAACAAAGUACAAUGUCGUGGAUCCAAACUUGAAGCAUGGUGAUUUGGUUUCUGCUAGUUUUAAAACGACCACUAAAAGAGAAUUUGAAAUGGACAAAAAGCCAACGUCACCAAGUUGUACUCAAUAUUCUCCAGUGACCUCUUCGAUUGAUCUCAAGAAUGGAAUUAUCUCUUCUUUCAGGUCAUCAGUCGAUAGAUUUAAAUUACCAACCCCUUCCACUCCUCCACCAACAAAAUACAAUGUCAAUUCUUCGACUUUCCAAGUCAAGAAAGACAAUAAGGCUUUUGGAUCUUUGUCACCAAGAUUUGUAGAGCCCAAGUCGUACACUCCUCCGUCUACCAUGUACGACACAAACAAGUAUUCUGAUUUUUGUAAGCAAGUCACAAAAAACACCUCAUCACCAUUUAGCUCUACAUCUCCAAGAUUUUUCGAUUUGACAAUGAAAGAAGCAACAAAAACACCACCAGCUGGAGCAUACACUGUUCCAAAUAAUUGGGAAGAGAUUAUCUACAAAGGACCAACCAAAAAGUAA